AUGGCAGAGAACAAUGCAUUGAAACCGAGUGCAUGCUUUCAGAAAAUGUGUCAAGUGAUGGUAUACGAAGGAUUGAAUAAGCAACAAGUAGAAGAUUUUCGUCUGAUCUUGCAUAUGCUUGUAUUGGAGAGUUCUCGUCAUAAUAUUGAGGCAGGCAAGACAUGGAUAUUAGAAAAAUGUACAUCUCCAAGUCAAAUCUUUGCAUUAAUGGAAUAUUUAUUAUCAUUAUCAAGAUCGACAACAGCAAGAGAAGAACGAUUACAUCUAAUCUAUUUAUUAAAUGAUGUCUUGUAUCAUGCAUCUAGAAGGAGACUCUUUUGGAUCCGAGACACCGUCUUUCCUUUACUCGUCCCUUUACUCAAACUUGCCUAUGAAGCAGCAGAAACAGACGAACAUAGGGCCAAGGUUACAAAGUGUAUCACCUUUUGGAGUGACAGAGAUAUAUUUGAUGAGGUCUCUAUUGCUUAUAUGCGACAAGCCAUCGUUCAACCUGCUCUUAUUCCUCCACUGGCUAUACCCAAUGUUCCCUAUGUUUCUCCUUCUUUAGCUCCUAAGGUGCAAAUGGUUUCUCCUUCAAAACCUUAUUAUGAAUUGCCUGCUGGAUUAAUGACACUUAUACAACACCAUGUGUAUUAUAAACCUAUCAAUCCAUCUACUAUCAAAGUCCCUUUUCCUACACCAGAACCCACCAAGGAAAUUCUGGAUGCCAUUCAAGAGUUUUACUCUGGACUUGACCUGCUGACAAAAGAGGUCGAUCCUAUCUUUGACGACAAGGUAUCUCAGACAAUUGAUCCUCAAGGAUGGCAAAAAGGCUACUUGAAUAAUUAUUAUGAAAAAACAGCUACACAAAGGAAGAAGUGGGAAGAAAAACAGAGACGAGAGGAAGAAGAAGCAGAAAGAGAUCGCCGUUACCAUAGUGAUCAUAGAACAAGAAGGAGCCGCAGCAGAGGGCGAUCACCGACCUAUCGCAAUCGCAGCAGAGACUACCACCGUAGUCGGAGUCGAAGUUAUAGUAGCUAUGAUAGCCGAGGCAGAAGUCGAAGCUACACUAGGCGCAAAAGAAGUCGAUCAAGAACACGUUACAGAAGCAGGAGUCCUUAUCGAAGCCCACCGAGAAGACAUAGACACUAUAGUCGAUCACCGCCUCCUUCAUACCAUCACCGCUCACCACAGCAGCAUCAUCACAAACUUGUUCCUCCUCCUGUCGCGCCGGUAGUGCCAGCCUCUUCUUUCAAUGCUCCUCCUCCUCCAAAGCAUUUAGGAUUAGGAAACCAAACGGUGGAUGAAUUCGCUGCCUUCAGAAGAAACAAGAGUGAAUCGUACAGUCGAAGAGAACCACCACCACCACUUAUAUGCUAUAAAUGCGGCAAGGUAAAUCAUUGA